AUGGUAAAUAUUGCUUUGCGUAUUAGAACUAUUCCUUUCAGAAGCUUGGCCCGAACGUAUAGCUCACAAGCGCAUGCAAAUUUGGGAUCAAUAACAGAAUAUCUAACUUUACGAGCAAUUCCCAAUUUAUUGAAGGAGCCAAUCGAUGAUACGAAACUAGACAACCAAAUAAAGCUCAGACUACUACCAACAACGCAUCCGUACAUGCCAACGAUUCAAGGUAUAAACAAGUAUAAACAUUCAAUGAAUGCCAUCAGGCUUAUAAUUCGAAACUUUGUACUCAACGAGCGAUGCCGACUCCACGUGACAAAGGUCGAGUCCUUCACUGGACAAGAUAAAUGCCCGAGAUACAACACUAUUACAACGACUGAUAAAUUGGUAGUUCAUUGGCAAAGUUGUUCUGAGGGUUGCACACACUUAGGUCCUGACAAUGUAACAUCGAGAGCCAAAUUUGGGUUGUACAAGGCUACUGACAGCCAAUUUUCGAGCAGCGAAAGUAAUACGGGAAAGAGUGAGAUCAUGAAUUACAUAUUUCAUCCAGGAGAGAAAAUAUCAGAUUCUAUGAUGUCGCAACAUGCGCGUCCAGUCACAGACUCACAAUGGCAAAUAUCGAGGGUGAUUACAGGUAUAUUCAUAUUUGAGAUGAAUGAUGAUAACUCUAAGAUAGUAGUGCAUACGAUUGACGCCGUCGAAAUGUCCGACGAUGAGAAGAAGGCUGAGACUGGAGCCCUGGCAUGCUAA